GCCCCCGCCCCAGGGCGAGGAGGAGGAGGAGGGGCUGGAGGGUUUGGUUGAGCUGCGGCUGUUUGUCUGUUCGACACAGGCUUGGGCCCGACGGGGGAGACGGAGCCCCAGCACCAGCUUUCCUAGCCUCUUGGAAGGAAGGUAGAGAAGGCUCGAUUGGCUACCUCCUGUACACCUCAAGUUUAUUCUUCCAUCAAAUAUUUAUUGCUUGAAGACUUACUCUUACACCAACCCCUGGAGAUUCCUGCAUGUGUUUAGAAGGACUGUUGAAGCCUGGAAGUCCCCUCCCCUCCCCCUUCCCCCCUUUGCCGCUUUGUGGCAUUCCCCUCCCUCCACCCUUUCCCACUCUGAAAAUCUAGCCAUGACUAGCAGAAGCACAGCCAGGCCCAAUGGGCAGCCCCAGGCCAGCAAAAUAUGCCAGUUCAAAUUGGUCCUGUUGGGUGAAUCUGCAGUGGGAAAGUCUAGCCUGGUGUUACGUUUUGUCAAAGGGCAAUUCCAUGAGUACCAGGAGAGCACCAUUGGAGCGGCCUUCCUCACCCAGUCCGUUUGCCUAGAUGAUACAACAGUCAAGUUUGAGAUCUGGGACACAGCAGGGCAGGAGCGAUACCAUAGCUUGGCCCCCAUGUACUACAGAGGUGCCCAAGCUGCAAUUGUGGUGUAUGACAUUACUAAUCAGGAAACCUUCGCCCGAGCGAAGACAUGGGUAAAGGAACUACAGCGACAGGCCAGUCCUAGCAUUGUCAUUGCCCUGGCGGGGAACAAAGCUGACCUGGCCAACAAGCGCAUGGUGGAGUAUGAAGAGGCCCAGGCAUAUGCAGAUGACAACAGCUUAUUGUUUAUGGAGACCUCAGCCAAGACAGCUAUGAACGUGAAUGAUCUCUUCCUGGCAAUAGCUAAGAAGUUGCCAAAGAGUGAACCCCAGAAUCUGGGGGGUGCAGCAGGCCGAAGCCGAGGUGUGGAUCUCCAUGAGCAGUCCCAGCAGAACAAGAGCCAGUGUUGUAGCAACUGAGGGGGUAGCUAGCAGCGAACAAGUAUGGAGCUAGCACGAGAGCUAAGAAAUAACCUCCAUUCCCAACCCUCAGCACACAGCCCCUACGGUAACAGCACACUGAGCCCUGGCUCCCAAGGGCUGCCUCCUGACAGCUCCGUCAUGGCACUUUUUAACGCUUCAGCAACCAACACCAGGCAGCUGUUGCCACUGACCUCCUACCCCUACUCUGGGGCUUGGGGGUCAGAUCCCCCAGGACUUACCUUCCAAAACAGUCUUUCUUCACUUUGUAUUAUAGGUGCAAGACAGUGACCUACUUACCUUUCCUUCUCCUCCCCACUUUUUCAGAAAACAUUUUUUUGUCUCCUGCCCCUUCUGCUUUGGUCAAUCCCUGUCCUUGAUCCCCUUGUCCUCCUCUCCCUUGGAUGGAGGUGGUGAACCCAGGAACUGAGGAUGGAGGUUUCCAGUUCAGUCAUAUUAAGGGCCCUCGGGGAGAGUAAGGCUCAGAGCAGGAGGGAGUAAGGAAAAUUCCUUUUUGGUUUAUUUGGUUGGAGUUUCCCAUAUUUGAAAACACUGCAGUAUCCAUGAGUUGGCCUUGUGGAAGGUGUUUCUAGGUAGAGUGAGACAGGGAAGGCAAGCUCUUGGGCACCAGUUGGGAGUCGUGUUGUUAGUUAACUGGGCGGAGGCGGAGGUGGAGGUGCAGUGUCAUCUGUGGCUCUGGAACUCUUCCAAGGCCUAGUUUCCCUUCACUCAGUCUCUUAGGUAGCUUCUCCAUAGUGGGGGAAACUCUGGACCCCAGAGUCCUCCAAAGAAUCUUCACUGGUUGCCUGCAUCUUGGUUCUGCUGUGAUCUAAUUGGAGGAGGGACCAGUUUCUGACACCCAUCCUCUGAUUUAUACAUGUGCAUUUUUUCCUCUCUGGCCUUUGGAUGGCCUCAGCCCCAGCCAUUGUAUCCCCCUGCAGUUUGCACUUUAAUUGAUGGUAGUUCAGUUGGGACACUUGUUUUAUGGGGGUUUUGAUUGAUUUACCUGCCCUCUCACCUUUUAAAUUAAAUGGAAUCCAAGAUGUAUAUGAGGUUUGGGGAGGGACUGUCGAGUGGCAGCUACUCAAGCCCAAUCUCCAAUGCUAUCUUGCUCCAACUCUGAUUCUUAACCUAUAUUCUUGCCAGCCUGUAUUCUUGGGUAUAGGUUUGCCUUUCCUGGGGAAUUAACUGAAGCAACUAGAGAGCGGUCUCAGGAUAGCACAGACCAUGGUAGGGGUGAAGAGGAGUCAGGCCAGAGGGAGGAGUUUUCUCUCCUUCCCCAGGGUUCAUGUUCAAUUUGACCCACCCAUUACCAUGUCUUUUCUACUUCCCUGUACAUAGGUAUGAUCUUUAUUCCCACUGUACAGUCUGUUCUUCCUCCCACCCCACCCCCAUCCCUCCCAUCAGGCCCUAUUUCUUUUCUCCACUGUUAGUAUCUUCAGUUUAGUCCCUCCAUGCUUAUGCCCAUACUCAUCCCUCAUGCAACCAGUGGCUUAAUCCGUGCACCACUAGGGGCUAGCACCACAGAGGCCUACUUGUGGCCCCCUUAAAAUACAACACCUGUUCCGUGGUCAGAGAGACUGGCACUGAAGGUCCCUCACAACUGUCUCACAUCACCAGACGACGUUGGUCCUUUCUAAAUCUCUAGCCUCUCUUCACAUCCCUCAUCAGGUAUUUUAGGAUGUCUUUGGGAAGCCAUCAAGGCAGGAGAGCAUUCUAAGCUUCUUUUUGUUCCAGCCUAGGGUUUGGGGAAAUUGGGGAAAGUAAUAUAGGAAAGGCCUCAGUGACCUAGGAUUGGAACCUUUCUGCCCUUUUGGCUUGCAGACUUCCUUCUGUCCCAGAGCAGCUGAGAAAUCCAUGAGGCUGAGAUUCUGAAGGACCCAGCUUAGGUUCUUCCACUCAGGCUUCAGUUCCCUUCCUUGUCCAGGGGCAGCCUUAGUUCCCGUGGCCCUGAAAUACAUACACAUUUUUGUCUUCCUUUGCCAGCACCUCCCCAGCCCCCAACAGCACCCAGUGCAUUCUUAAAAGUGGAAGAACUAGGGUGGCUCUCUUAAGUCUCUUAGAAAUGAAGUUCUUUCUCUGUGCAGCUUUCCCCAUGGAGCAGGAGUGAGGAGGUGUCAUUGCCUUGGGGCUGGGAAACCAUUUCUGCAGGCUUCUCCCUCUCCAGCCCCUUUAGGAACAGGAUUGGCCUUAGCUUCUGGGCCUAUCUGCUGCCUUCCUUCUACUUCCUACCAGCUCUCUGCUUUCCUUUGAGCUCUCUUGGGCUUGGAAAUCUUAGUUUUUAUUUCGCAGCUCUUCAUUUUUUCCUUCUAUCAGUUUUUUUUUGGGGGGUUCCCUUUUUUUCUUUUAAGAAAGCAUUUGCCUCCCCCCCCCUUACUCUUCCAACAUAACAAUCGUGGUAACAGAAUGCGACUGCUGAUUUACCGAUGUAUUUAAUGUAAGUAAAAAUGGAAAAAAAAGAAAAGUG